AUGGCGGCGGCGGCCGGGAUGGCGACGCCGUCGGCGGCGGCGCUGUACAAGGUGGGGGACUCCGCGGGGUGGACGGCGACCGGAAACGUCAACUACUCCGCCUGGGCCUCCUCCAAGACUUUUCACGUCGGCGACAUCAUCGGUAGGUCAAUGCUGAUCUUCUUUUCACGUCGGCGACAUUUUCUUCUUCUUCUUCUUCUUCUUUCCGUUAUGUUCCUUGAUCCGUGUAAUUCAUCAUCCUCUUCAUCCUCUCUCUCGUACUGAUUUCCUAAUUCUGUCUUCGUCUGUUUUCUUCUUCUACUUUCUUUCGGUUGCCGGUUCCUCCGAUGGUGGCGCCGCCGCAGUGUUCGAGUACAACGCCGAGGUCGACAACGUACUGGAGGUGACCAGGGAGGCCUACCACAACUGCAGCGUGCUCUCUCCCAUCGCCGCCCACGCCACCGGCAGCGACGCCUUCCUCCUCCGCCGCACCGGCCACCGCUUCUUCCUCAGCGGCGCCGCCGGCCACUGCACCAUCGGCCAGAAGGUCAACAUCCGGGUCCCCAAGCUCCCCCGUGCCACCGCUCCGGCGAGGCCACCUUCCCAUGCUUCUUCUUCUUCGACGCCCAACCGGGCCACCCACACGAAGGAGAACGCGGCGGCGGUCCCGCAGGGAACCGGCGGCGCCGCCCGGAGGUCGUUGGGAUGGACCGUGGCGUUGGCUUCGCUGGCCAUUGGCGGCGCCGCCGUGGCUAGCCUCAACUGA